GUAGAAAAAGAAAACAUUAGCUGCCUUCUCCAACGUUUCUUUGUUGUCCUUCACUUUUUCAUUUUCCAGACGCACACAUUUUUAUCACUUGUUGUCAAGCAUAUCUGAUUCUUCUGCUUUCCUCAAAUCACAAGGUACUUUAUUGUAGAAGAUGGUUUCAAUUUUACGCCGCCGCUCUAAGGCUAAGGGGAAAUCUGCAACUAAUCCUUCUCAUGCAUCAAAAAGUGGUACAACUGUUUCACUUAAUUUAGUUGAAGAUGUUCCUUAGGUUGUCUCUUCGCAAGAUGAACAAUUUCAGCCUUCUCCUCCCAUUGCCCCUUCUAUCACAUUAUCUCAUUCAGAGGAUGUCACUCUUCCUACUACAGAUUCCACCUCAACCAAAGUGAAAAGAGGUCGCACACGAGGGAAAGGCCUAAGUAAAAUGAACAAAUCCUUUGGUAAGAAGUUGAAAGUGCAUGUUGAUUUGGAUAAGGGAAGGCUAGUAAGUAGAGUUCAAUCGGCUAAGUUGUCCAGUCAACUAGGAGUAAUUUCUCGGGAGUGUAUACGUGUACCAAUCAAAUGGAAGGAUAUGGAGGUUCAUGAUUUCAAUCGUGCACUGGAUAACUUAGACCUCCACAUGGAAAUUGAAGACAUAGGUGAUGAAGCAAUACAAGAGAAGAUUGAGCAAUUGUUGAAGAAUCGAUCUAGGAAUGUGCGGUAUAAGUUGCACAAACAUUUUAAGAAAUUUACAACACUUGAGGAGGCACAAAGAAACAAGCCAAAAGAAAAUGGUUUGACUCAAGAUUAUUGGAAUUUACUUUGCAAAUAUUGGUCUGAUCCUAAUGUGAAGGCAAAAUGUGAAAAAAAUGCUGAGAAUCGAACAAAGAAUACUAUGCCACAUAACCAAGGAUCUAUGACUUUCGUGGUGGUCCGCAAUGAGAUUGUAAGUACUAUGAAUAGCCUUUAUUUUUAACUUGGAUUCUUUUCGUUAGUUUAGUACAAACAUACAUAUAAAUCAAAUCUGAUUAAUCAUAUAUAUUCAGUUAUUUGGAAUUUGAAAUUGUAUUGUUACCAAUUUGGAUGCACAUGAAAUUAGGAGAAGAAGGAACUUAAUGGGGAGGAAUGUGAUCGAAUUAGCUUUUUUAAAUUCACUCAUUUCAA